AUGACACCCUCCGCACGCAAUCCAAAUGACGGUGUAAUUGCCAUUAUCGAGGAAAAAACUCAGUCCUCAGAAUCGAAACAUGGAGAUUUUGCUGCCGAAUCAGUAGCUCCACAGGAGCUAGACGGGCAUGUCAUUGACAGCGAGGCAGUCCCACCUGCGGAAGAUGCAUCUGCCGAGAGAGCCACUGAGGACCUCGAAGCUCUGCAUCAAGCACCCUCGGGACCAGCAUACUCCGUUUUCAGCCAUCGCCAGAGGACAUUCAUAGUCUUCAUGGUGGCCUGUGCAGGCUUCUUCUCUCCAUUAUCGGCCAAUAUAUACUUUCCGGCUCUUAACGCUUUAUCGCGAGACCUCAAAGUCUCAAAUGAGCUCAUCAAUCUGACCUUGACGUCUUAUAUGAUCUUUCAGGGGCUGGCGCCUACGGUGUUUGGGGACUUGGCCGAUAUGACUGGCAGAAGACCCGCAUAUGUAAUAGGGUUCAUUAUAUACAUUGGCGCAAAUAUUGGGCUUGCUUUGCAGAACAAUUACGCCGCUUUGCUUGUAUUACGGUGCUUGCAGAGCACUGGUAGCAGUGGAACUGUGGCACUAGGCAAUGGGGUUGUCGCAGACGUUUCUUCGAGUGGGGAGAGGGGCAAGUUUAUGGGAAUCGCUCAAUUCGGCCCUAUGGCGGCGCCAGCUUUAGCCCCGGUCAUUGGUGGAAUCCUGACCCAAUUCCUAGGCUGGAGGUGGCUUUUCUGGUUCUUGACGAUCUUAGCUGUCGUUUACUUGAUUCCUCUUCUCAUUACUUUUCCGGAGACUGGUCGAAAUGUCGUCGGCAAUGGCUCAAUUCCGCCUCCAGGGUGGAACAUGUCUUUGCUCAACUACCUGAAAACUCGCAAGAUUGAGCAUAACGAUGCUCUGAAUCGGACCGUCUCGCGUCAAGAAAUGAAAGCAGCGCAGGCGGAGCUCGCUAGAAAGAGAAAGCUCCGGUGGCCCAACCCCUUGAAGACUAUUUAUAUAAUUUUGGAGAAAGACGUUGGUCUGCUGUUGUUAUAUAAUUCUUUGGUUUACACAGCGUUCUACGACGUAACCGCCAGCUUGCCUAGUCAAUUUGCCGAAAUCUACGGAUUUAACGAGUUGCAAAUCGGAGCAUCUAUACUUUUUGGCCGCCUUAUGGACAUGAAUUACAAGCGAGUAGCCAAAAGUGCUGGCUUCCGUAUUGACAUCAAAAGGGGCGACGACAUGCGGAAUUUUCCUCUCGAAAAGGCACGUAUCCAGGUGUUUAUAAUCCCCCUUUAUUUUGGUAUCGCAGCGAUUUUGUGCUGGGGAUGGGUUCUCGAGCGGAAUGCGCCCCUAGCCGCUCCACUAGUCCUAUCGUUCAUCAUUGGUUUGUGUCUGACUGGAUCAUUCAACGUCAUGAGUACAAUGUUAGUCGAUUUAUACCCAUUGAGCCCCGCGACGGCUACGGCAGCAAACAAUUUGGUACGGUGUUUGAUGGGCGCUGCUGGUACUGCUGUUAUCAUCCAAAUGAUUAACCGUAUGGGAAGAGGGUGGUGCUUUACUUUCAUUGCUGCGAUAAUUUUCUUCACCAGUCCUUUGUUGUGGGCUGAGCUGAAGUGGGGACCUAAGUGGAGAGAGCAAAGAAGGGUGAGGGUGGAGAAGCUAGAGGAAGAGAAGGAGGCAAGAAAGGCAGAAACUGAGAUUGGUCAGGAAGAUGUCAUUUAA